CGGCGGUCGGGCCGGGCGGGUGGGGCGGCCCGGGCCGGUUGGGCGGCGGCGCGGGGAGCGGCCGCGCAGCCCCUCGGUCCCCGGUCCCGCGCAGGGAGGCGGCUCCGCCCGGCUCCGGCCCGGCCCGUGGCGGCGGCCCGAAGAGGCUUUGGCCGGUACCUGAGAGCACCGGGUGGAGGAAGUGGAAAGGAAGGAGUGGAGCCCCGCCGGGCGGUUAUUGGUGAAGAUGCAGGAGCCAGAACUUGUUGCAAAAGCCCUGCGAGCUGUUCUUCAUGCCUUUAAAAAUGGCGUAUGUUUGUCAGAACUUCAGAAUGAAUACAGAUCCUUGACCAAUGAGUUCAUUCCCUUCAGGCACCUAGGAUAUGACACACUGGAAGGCUACUUGGAGAGUAUCCCUGGAGUAGUCAGAAUGGAAGAGAACAAAAUGGGAGAGGUAAUUUGCCAUGCUGUUAGUUGCAAUGAAACUGUACGAGUCGCUCAACUGGUGGCCCGACAGAGGAGUUCCAAGAAGAAAACAGUCCGACAGGUGAACUGUCAGAUGAGGCUGAAGAACACAUCUCCAGUCAGUUUAUCAGGAAAGCCCAAAGGAACUUUGCGGCAGCCCCGGUCUUUGAACAUGCCAGAAGAAGGCAGUUCUAAGAGGCCUGUUCCUCGCCUGCCCCGAGGCAGAGAAGUGGCAUGUGGAGGUGUGAAACCUGUGGUGGAGAGUGCCCGAUCUGCCUUACCUUUGGCUGCUGCAAGUGGACCACCUAAAGAAGUGCCCAUGCAGAGGCAUGUUACUGUGGUAAACAGAUCUGAGAAGAGACCGACUGUCCCACCACGGUUUCAAAAGGAAUUGCAAGUUCACCUGUCCAGAAGCUCUUCCACAGAGUCAAGUGAUAGCUUGAAUACAUCCACUGCAGAAGCACAGACUGUUGCCUCUGGCUCUUCUGCUGCCGAUGUCCAUGAACUUCAAAGUCGCAUUAAGGAGCUGCUGAACAAGUACAGCACUGGUGUCAGACUGUCAAAGAUGCGUCAGAUAUAUCGGGAAAUGUACUGGGAGGACCUUAGCACAGAAGUGCUCUAUCAGCUUGAGAACUGGCCUCAUGUGUGCACAGUAUUUCUCAGUACCUGCCAGUAUAAUAAUGAAUUGCAAAGCUGGCCCGUCAGCCUUACGCGUGGAGAGUACCUUGAAGGCAAAUCUGUGGAGAAAAUACACAGAGGUGAUCCAAUUGAUGGAUUCCUUUAUCCUGCUAAGAAAAUACCACCAGCAGCAAAAAGCGAUGCUGAGCAAGAAAAGGCAUCUCAGAAUGUUACUUCACCAAAAGCAGACCCUUUAUUAAAGCCAAAUAUGGAGACCACACCUGCAUCACUCAGUAGCGACUUCAAGGCAAAAGUUGUUGGCAUCUUGCUGAAGUAUUCCAGUGGUCUUUGGGCUCAUGCACUUCCCAAAGUGUACCAAGACACUUACCAAGUAAAAUUUCCAGAAGACAUUCUAAAUAAUUUAGAGUUGCUGUCAGAUGUAUGUAUUGUGGAUUAUGUAUCUGAAGUCCCCAGAAAGGCGAUCCUCUAUGCUAAACCCCAGAAAUGCAUUGAUGAAAAUCUGAAUGUCACUGAGAAAGUCAAGAGGCAUGAUGGUGUGAAGGCCACAGCUGAACAGCAGUAUGAAGAAUCCAAGGACCAGUACCCAGAAAACAUAACUGUUCCUUCUCUAAUUAUUCCAUCAGAAGGAUCUGUGUCCAUCAUGGUGUUAGAAUUGAAAAACACUAAUGAGGUCCUUAUUAGGUAUGUGGGCAAAGAGUAUUCUUCUGCCCAGGAACAAAUGGAAGAUGAAAUGAAAGCAUACUACAGUCAGAACAGUACAGUGUCAUCAGCUCAGUCUCUGAGUGUUGGGCAGCUUGUUGCAGUACAUGCUGAAGAAGAUGCCUGGUUGCGUGCACGGAUAAUUUCUCUGGAGGACAACAGAGUAAAGGUAUACUAUGUUGAUCAUGGCUUCAAUGAAUUUGUUGAAAGCAACAGUGUGUGCAGACUGCAGAAACAGUUCAGAUCACUUCCUUUUCAAGCUGCAAAAUGUAAACUGGCAGGACUGGAAGCCUUCUGUGAUGAUCCUGUCCUAGUAAAGGCUGUGGAAUCGCAGACAUGCUUCAAGAUAUUUGCUGUGGAAAUACUGGAAAAGAGUGAUAUUCCUCCUCUUGUUCUCUAUGACACUUCUGGAGAAGAUGAUAUCAACAUCAAUGCUACUUGUCUGAAGGCAUUGUAUGACAAGGCCCUAGAACUGCACCUACAGGUAGAUGCACUAUAUACCAAUGUCAGAGUAACCAGUGUUUCCUCUGAUGGUAGCCUGUAUUGUCAAGUGCCAUCCAAAGGCUUGUCUAGACUCUCUGAAAUAUUGCAGAAACUAGAAGACUACUUUCUUUACAAGCAGACAUCUGAGUUCAAUGUGUUGCUACCUUUCUGUGGCAAAAUCUGCUUGUUUCCUUCCAAAGGAAAAUUGGCACGUGUAGAGAUAAAAAUUAUUCACACUAGACGGGCACUUGAUGUGCAAUUUAUGGACAGUGGAACAGUUGCAACUGUAAAAGUAUCAGAGCUCAAAGAAAUCCCACCACAAUUCCUGAGAGAAGUAAUUGCAAUACCUCCUCAGGCUUUGAAGUGCUGUCUGGCAGAUCUGCCUCCUAACACUGGCAUGUGGACUCCAGAUGCUGUACUGUGGCUGAGAGAUGCUGUAAUAAAUUGUCCUGAAUUUAGCAUGAAGGUGAUUAAACAGGAUGCUUCAAAAGGAAUUGCACACAUUUACUUGUUUGCUCCAGAGAAUUUCCCAGACAUGGAUCAUAGCAUCAAUAGACAGAUCAAAAAUGCAGACUUGUGGAAGCAUCAGAAAGAUGUUUUCUUGAGUGUGGCACCCAGUGGGACUGGCUUCACAAAAGCUGUAGGUGAUGCUGUUCCAGCUCUACAGUUACCUAGUGGGAAGCUGGAGAAGAGUUUCCCAGAUUCAGGCAGAGAACCCAGCGGUGCAGUGUCCACCACUGAGAUGCCGCCUCCUCUACCCUUGCCAAAGCCUGGUGACCUCAUGGAUAUCUACGUCUCGGUGGCCUGCCAUCCCGGUCAUUUCGUUGUCCAGCCUUGGAAUGAGCUUAAUAAUCUGUACGCCCUAAUGGAAGAAAUGAUCUUGUACUACAGCAGGGCAGAAGAGAAACCUGUGACCGUUGAAAAAAAUAAGCUGUAUGCAGCUAAAAUUGGAGAUGAGUGGUACAGGGUCAUAAUAAAAGGCAUUCUUAGAAAUGGGUUUUUGUCAGUGUAUGAGCUGGACUAUGGCAAACAUGAGUUUGUCAGUGAAGGGAAAGUACAGCCACUCCUGGAUACGUUCAGAAGACUACCUUUCCAAGCUAUCACGGCUCAGCUUGCAGGAGUGAAAAACCAGCAGUGGUCAGAAGAGGCAUCAAUAGUGUUUCGGAAUCUGGUAGAGAAGAAGCCUUUUGUGGCACAGAUACAGGCAGUUAAUGACAGCACUAACUCUUGGGAUCGAAAAAUAGUGACUUUUCUUGUGGACACAUCUCUUCCACAUAUUGAUAGAUGGAUUCAUGAUUUCGUGUCUCAAAGUCUUGUGGAAUUUUCAAAGGGUGAUUAAUCAUCACUUCUGCAAUGUAGCAGCUUAGCAAUAAAAUGAGUAACAGGCUUUGAAGAGAAAUAUAACUACUACAUGGCCUUGAAGACAUAAUGGGGAUAAAAUUGAAAAAUCUGUGUUUGUUUAACAAGUUUGGAUUCUCUUGACUUCAGUUGACUUCCUGAAAAUUUUAAUGUUGUUUACCAUCAUAAUGCUAGAAUAUUUGAGUUAAAUUAUUUUGAAAGUUAUUUAUCAAUAAAACAAUGUUCAAUUUUGUUUUUGUGAUCAUUCCCAAA